AUGUGUACUAGAAGACGAAAUAAAUUAAUUUUAUGUAUUCCGCGAAGUACAAAAGAACCAAUAAAAUGUAGACAAUACAUGUGGAUUAUAAUGCACAUUCACCUAGAAUUAUGUUUUAUAUCACGCGAGAUAAAUAAAGUAUUCAGUAUACAAAUGACAUUGGAAAUGGCAUCUUAUUUCACGUUUUUUAUUGAAUUGUGUUGCAAAAUUUACGGGAUAUAUCUAGAGAAUCCAGACAAUGAUGAGAAUACAUUUCAACAAGUUUUAAACAUGGAUACUUAUGUCUGGGUCAUUGUAUGUACUGUAAAACUUCUUGCAUUAAAUCAUGUCUGUCAAAUUAUUUGCGAUAAGGCGAACGAGACAGUGGCAAUUCUUUAUAAACUGUCCAACGAUCAUUCGGAUAAAGAUUUUCGGGAGCAGAUUCUACAAUUUAUACUACAAAUAAAACGAAGAGAAAUAAAAUUUUAUGGUAUGGGACUUUUCUAUUUCGGUUACGAUCUCAUACGUAAGUUCUACACGACAGCUGCAACCGUGUUGGUGAUUAUAAUACAAAUGAAUAUAGAUUUUAAUAAGUACAUAAUAUCAUUUGAUGAUGUAAUCGAUGAAAAUUAA